GGGUGCAAUCUUAGUCCAACUCUGUUCAAUGUUUUCAUAAACGAUAUUCCUGAUUUGUUUAUCUCCAAAGAUUGUGAUCCGGUAUAUCUGGGAGAAACGAAAGUAAAUUGUUUACUUUAUGCCGAUGACCUUGUACUAUUAUCACAGUCUGAGUCUGGUCUACAGGAGAGUCUCGCUAAGUUGGAAUGUUAUGUUAAAAGAUGGAAAUUGAAAAUUAAUUUAAAAAAGUCUAAAGUUCUAAUCUUUGGAAGUAAAUCUCAAAGGCGGCCGUAUAUUACGACAAACUGGUAUUUUGGUGGGGAUCUGAUAGAAUGUGUUGAUGAAUAUCCGUACCUAGGAAUUACAUUUCAUUAUGCUGGUGGUUUUCAACUUGCACGUAAGAGAUUGCAUAAUAAGGCACUGCAGGCUUACCACAGUAUUUUUAAAAACUUUUCCAAUGUGGAUAGGGUUCCGGUUAAGGUGCUGUUAAAGUUAUUCUCAACUCUUGUUUCCCCUAUUCUGUUAUAUUGUUGUGAGAUAUGGGGAGUAUAUUUCUUAGGCAGAUUGACAACGACCGAGAUGUUCAAGAACAAAAUUUUCAACGUGAUUUCAGAUAUUGAUAAGCUACAUUUAAAAUUUUGUAAACGUAUUUUAGGGGUCCACCCCAAAUCUACCAAUCUAGCAGUGCUAGCUGAACUAGGCAGAUUACCAAUGUCUGUACAAAUUUCAACUCUAGUUAUCAAAUACUGGUUAAGAACAAAUAGUCCAAAUUACGAAAAGCAAUUAGUAGGUAAGGCAGUACAGGUGUGCAUUCAAUCAAGGUAUCAGGGUGUGAAAUUCUCUGAUUUCUUACUACAUAUGUGUGAUUUCGAACCUUUGAGCAGUUAUGAAAUUCAGUCUAAAAGUGAUAUUAGUAAUUUAGCUAAAGCUAUUAAGAAUGAAUUAUGUAAUAGAUAUAAUACCAUAUGGAAAGAUCAGAUUCAACAGUGCAACAAAUUACGAAUCUUAAGCCUUGUAAAACCAAGUUGGCAUGUUGAAAGUUAUUUGUCUUCGGUCAGAAAUGUAAAACACCGCAAAGCGGUUACAAGGUUUAGGAUAUCUGCACAUAGAUUUCCAGUUGAAGUCGGUCGAUAUGCUAAUAUUGACCAUAAGUUACGCCUAUGUCCAAUUUGUGAUUCAAAUGAUAUAGGUGACGAAUACCAUUAUUUUUUAAAUUGUAAAAAUUACAAGUUAGAAAAUCUAAAAGAAAAUUUCCUGAAAGAGAUACUGGAAAUUAAUAGUUGUUUUAGUUCACUAGGUAAAAAUGACCUGUUUCUUUAUUGUAUAUCCAUGAAUGACAAGAGUUUAACAAAUUGUACAGCCAGAUACAUUUACGAGUUAACUAAGAUUUUCUCUGACUGUACUGUUUGUAAUUAAGUAUUAGCUAUAGUACUAGUUUUAUUGUUUGUAUAUGUAUCUGUUAUAUUGUAAUAUAUCCUAUGUACCAGUAAUGGUGUAAUGGAAUAAAUAUAUUAUUAUUAUAUUAUUAUUAUUAUUAUUACGUGUGGAUUUGCGAAGGCAGCAAUUUGGCGAAUUACCAGAGAUGCUUCAGUCAAAAUAAAGCGCGUCAACAAUGAAACGCCAUAUCAGCAUCGCGUGCGUACAGUUCAAGUUAUUCAUGAACGUUUCUCCCAAAGUUUCCCCGGCAAGAAGUUCGCAGUUGACUUUAAAACCUUCAUGAGGAAACUGCCAGACUUGCGCAAGAAAAUCAGCAACUGGAAUCCUAGGAAAAAGACGGAACGCGAGCAAUAUUUCGAGGCUUUCUCCGCAGAUAACUGGAAGGCAUUGUCGAUCGAACACAAGGCCGAACAUAGCUUGACAGACUGUCGUACCUGUUUCCACAAGUAUUCAAUACAACAGUCGUUCUUUCCUGUCCAAUCCAAGGAAUUUCAAGGCUGUUUAAAACAAAAUCCAGCAAUCGUGGCAAAAAAUAUCGCGGGUAAAAUAAUUCAACAACCCGGCCAAGUGAAAUGCACCCGACGUGAGUAUCAAGCUGGCGUUCAGAAGGUUUAUGACGAAAUCAACCCAGUUUUCGAACGCGUGUUUAACGUCCCUCUUGAGAAAGCCCUGACGACUCUUCCGACCCUGAACAUUCAGACGAGUAGGAGUGCCACUGAAAGAAAAAGAGAAAGACGUAAACAAUUACGUAAAGCCAAAACGUCCAUUGAAAAACACUGGAAGAGUACCUCUGUAAUGAGGUACGUAUGUUAAAUUUCACUAAUUAUAAAUUUCAUUUGUAACAGAUUAUGAUAAACGUACUCGUAAUAUAAGGGUAAAUAUAUUGCUAGGAAAGCUAUAAAAUGUAAUAAAACUAAUAAAUCAAUGUAAUCACAUGAUUAAGGUGUUAUGGAAACCGCCAAUCAUUAUCAGCCGCACGAAGAUCACGCCUCACUAUGGCAUUUGAGAGCAAGGAUGAUGCGAAGAAGCGAAAUGAGAUGAGCAAUAGUUUGAAAAAACGUAAUCCUGUUGGGAAUGUGAACAAUAGAGUAUUCGAGCGAGAGAAAAUGAAGGAAGAAAUAGAAAGCUAUCCUGAUGGUAUUGCUGUCAACUGGUCAGAUUUGGCUCGGCGACACAAUAUCACCAACACCAAGGGGGAAUUGGCAAAAAAUGGAGGGCAGAUAGCUCAGGAGUGGCUAAAAAAAGAGGGCGUGAACAUUAACAGGUUCAAACGUAAGAAUGAUGGAAGUGAUAUGCGAGUCCGGAGAAAGAAACUUAGGGGACAAGGAGGGGAAAUUACGGUUGCAACUCCGCAGAAUAUUGACAAGGUGAAAGCUGAGAUAAGGAAGAAGAUUUCAUCUGGCGAAUAUACUGUUGGGCAACAAAUUGCACCAAGAAAGGUCAGUGCCAAACAGUAUUAUUUUACUUCAUUGCUAUGAUAGACAGGGCCGAGAUUGAUAGACAGGAUAAAAAAUAAUGCAAUAAUCAGAUGUACUGUAGAUUUCUCUAGGGUCUGAUCUAUUUACAGGGUCUGUAUUGUAAGUAAUUUGUUAAUCAUUAAUCUUGAAGCAAACAUUCCAUUCCAUUUUCAUCUCGAUUUUAGUAUGAAAAGAUGGCAUUAAAUGAAAAUGGAGAGAUAGUUAGAUCUGAGUUUGUUGUGGAAGGACGAAAGCAGCCUUUGGUCGAGAUUAGAGAACGAACAUUGAAAAGCCAGGAAAAGUACAUGCGACAACGAUGUGAUGACGAGUACGAUAAAAUGACAAGUGAAAGUUUGAUAACGUGUCUCAAAGCAAUAAACGAGUACCAUGAAGAUGAAAAUGUGCAGUCGAUGCGGGAUAGGCUAAAAGAUAUUGAGAGAACAAGGCAUCUGAAAGUUUGGCAUGAUCUAUCAACGAUUGCUAACCACGGCCACUUGGUUUUUAUGGUGUCAUCCCUAUAUGAUCCUGCAAUCCAUUACCUUGAUAGCGAGUACCAAAAUCUCACUGGCUGCAAAAACACAGACAUUCAAACGAAGGUGGAAACGCCGGAAGUCUACAUAGUUGCGCGGUCGGGAAGUUCAGAUGUUGAACAACUCACAUACGUUGAUACACGUCUGGAAUGUUUGGAAGAACUAAGCAUCGAUAUAAAGACUAGUGGUGGGAAUGAUGUCGGAGAUAAAAUGCGCUUCUUUUACGGUGACAGUCCUGCGCGUCAACUCGAAUCAGGGCAGCAAAAAGGAGGAAACUUCUAUUGUUCUGGAUGUGGUGCAAAUGCACAACAGGCAUAUCAGCUGGACAUUUGCUUUUCUUGCCACUACCUGUCACUAAUAGAUCGGCAACAGUUGGUACUCGCUGGACCUCUUGGAAGAAAAAAUUCUCUGGCAAAAGCUCCCAAGCCAUUUCAAAAGUUAAAGAAAGAUGAACUUAUUCGAGAACUGAAUGCGAGAGGAAUCUAUGAAGGGGAGUCCAAGAAAGAGCUUGAGAAGCUUUUGACAGAGGAACUCCACGGCGUUCAGAGAGUACCUGCUUUACUUUACAACAACCCAACAGCUACCCUGGAAUCCAUCAACUGUGACAAGUAUGAAAUACUUAGUUUUGAACCCCUCCACGACAUAGGCAAACACAUUGAAAAUGUUCUAGCUGAAUUCCCUUUUCAUCUCCCAGAAAAAGAAGCUGCUGCUGUGAAGGAGGUCAUCAAUUGCUCCAUUGGUGGUAAGGAUACCAAGCGCACAUUUGAUUAUAGAUGUGCACUUAUUAUCCUUGCAAAACAUUCCUCAAAGAUAGUAACAUCCAACAUUGUCCAGCAACUAUUGACCACCUUGGUAGAAAUCCAAAGAAUUGCUUACAGUUCGGAAUCUGAGAGGACCCCCAAAUCAGUCCUGCGUCUUCACAACAUGACAUGGCACCAUGGGAUCUUGUGCAGAGAGGUGUUUGGUUUCAAGCUAAAGGAACUGACAACGCGCAAAUUGUACGGCAACUACUACCACAACAUCACCAGCCAUGCUGCUAUGCAGCAUCGACUAAUUAAUGGCAAAGCCUGUAAUGUUGAAGAGCAAGAACGGAUUUUCAACACCAUCACCAACAUCACCAAGUCAACAUCCUCCUACCACCCAAGUCACAUCAUUGGCAAUAUCUUCAUCCGAUUGCAAGCUGAGAAACAGAUGCAAGCUUUUCAAGGCUCUUCUUCCUUGAAUCAGGAAACAUCUGUUUCUAAGCUUGCAGACUCCCUUCCACCAUAUGGAAACACCAUCAUUUCUGAAGACCUUAUAAAGAAGCACAUAAGAUCAUGGCCAUCUCAUCUAGAAAGGAUUAGCGACUUCCUCUUACCUGGCAAAGGAAGCUGGUGGCUUGAAGAUGAAAGUGGAAAUGUGGAAUUUUUGGAUGGGGAAAAGGCAGCAAGCUCUCACACAGGAGGUCCUAUACUUCAUCAUUUUCGCUCGAGUAGUAACUAUGUUUUAAUAGAGAGGAAGAGUACCUUCAAAAGUGUUGGAAUGAAUGCUUAAAGAUAUUCGAGUUGAAGAUAAGCAUGGUCAGUUGAAGGUUAUAAGAAGAUCAUUGGAGGAGAUCAACAUCACAAAUGGCAACAUCAAUGUUGGUAUUGAGGAACAAUCAGUUACAGGUAAUGCAAUCUCAAAUCAUAUAAACAAUUUUAAUUAAGGGACUCAAAAAAUUUCAACAUGGUUAAAGCCUAAAAAAAUGCCUGUGGUUCCGGUUUCAUAUCGUGAAAAAAUUAGGGUCAGUAGGUCGGAAUUGAAUAAAUUAUUUUUAAAUAUUUUUUUCAUGGUUUUGGCGGUUUUUUGCUGGGCGAUUUGCAGUAGAGUCCCGACUAACCUCGUUCCCCGGCUCACAAGAGGGAAGAGCCUGGGAACGAGGUUGAGUCCCGACAUCAAUAUUAACUAAAGAUGCGUAUGGACGAAUUUACUAAUUUAGGCAAUUUGGUUCAAUAAUUAAUAGUGUGACAACAGAUGCCAUUUUAGCACGUUGUAUGAGCAGCCCGCAACCACCCGGAGAAAAUAAGGUUGCACAGUCAAUCGCGUUGAAAAAAUAAUAGGGUCAGCAGAAAAAAAUAGGGUCAGUCGAGAACCGGAACCACUAGUGCUAAGGAGCAGUACGGGCAACCUCGUACCCAUGGUCUUUCCUCUUGGGGGGAAAAGACCCUGGUGGACGCUGCUCACAUGAUCUGCUAAAACCUAGCAGAUUUCUAAUUAACUACCUUGGAUUCCUUUACAACAAUCGUACAAAAUGAAAAUCAUAAAUUGACAAAAAAAAACAUCCAAAUAAUAUUUAUUAACCCCAUCUUGGAUUGCUAAUUAAAAAUCUGCUAGAUUUUAGCUGAUCAUGUGACCAGCAUCUACCAGGGUCUGUUCUCCCCUCACCAAGAAGAAAGACCCUGGGUACAGUACAAGGUUGCAGUACAUGCAGGCACCCUAGUACACCCAAGUUAAUAUUAUUUUAGUCUGUCUAAUGCCAGAUGAGAUGAUUUUAAUCAUUAAUUAAAGGAAAUGCCUCGAGAUCUUUAAUGUUAACUUGUCAAAUUACAAGAUCCUUUUUCACUAUAUAUGGAGGGUCCUGAAGGGGUAAAAUGGGAACUGGGAGUGCUUAUUUUUUGGGUGGGAAAAUGGGAUUUCAUGCACUGGAAGUGGGAUUCAUCAGCAAAAAAAACAACAGAAAAUGGGAAUGGGAAUAAGGUUUGAGCAGGACAGCCACUGAGAUGGUGGGAUUUGUGCUCUUGGACAAUGGGAUUUAGUCAAAAUUUGGCUGGGAAAUGCGAAUAUGACCCCCCCCCCCCUUCAGGACCCUCUAUAUGUUAAACCUAGUCUCAGGGAGCAAAAUACCCUGGUAUGGACUGAUGACGUCACCCCCAGAUUUUAGGUAAAAUAUCAUAUUUUUCCUAGUAGAAAUAUGCUGUUUUACUCAAAAUCUGGGGGUGACAUCAUCAGUGCAUGGUGUACUAACUAGGUAUUACACUCCCCGAGAAAAUACCCUGGGUACGUGGUUGUAUAUGUUGAUGCUUUACAAUACAGGUUACCUGCCAGAAGAAUUUCCACAGCCAGAUAUUGUUGGAUUUGAGCUCUAUCCUGACGAGACCAUUAAUUUACCAUCCAUGUACCCUGAAGACAAUGAUCAACACAAAGAUGAAAUGACAGUUAAUUAA